AUGCCAGUCUCUGUCUAUAUAUCUAUCUGUCUAUCUAUCUUUUUUCUAUCUACCUAUCACAUCAAAUUUCUAUCUAUCUAUCGAUCUGCCUGUCUAUCUAUUUUUUUUCUAUCUACCUAUCACAUCAAAUUUCUAUUUAUCUAUCUAUCUAUCGAUAUAUGUCAGUCUCUAUAUCUAUCUAUCUAUUUAUCUAGCUAUGUCAGUCUCUCUCUAUAUAUCUAUCUGUCUGUCUAUCUAUCUUUUUUUCUAGCUACCUAUCACAUCUAUCUAUCUAUCUAUCUAUCUAUCUAUCUAUCUAUCUAUCUAUCUAUCUAUCUGUCGCAGACUUCUCCCCUGAGUGUUUAUUCUAUCUCAGUCUGUUUCUAUCUAUCUAUCUAUCUAUCUAUCUAUCUAUCUAUCUAUCUAUCUAUCUAUCUAUCUCAGUCCGUUUCUAUCUAUCUCUGUUUCUAUCUAUCUAUCUAUCUAUGUAUCUAUCUAUCUAUCUAUCAAUUAUUUUAUCUUUUUGAUUUUUACUUUCUUUUUCAUCAACUCCACUUCCCCUCCUCUUCUUCUACUGUAAUUUCUUCUUCUUCUUCUUCUUCUUCUUCUUCUUCUUCUUCUUCUUCUUCUUCUUCUUUCUCAGCUUUUUCUCCUUUCCUCUUUUUCUACCAUUUCUUUUUCCUUUUCAUCUCCUUUCAAUGA